GACAUGAUCGCGGCGGCCAUCCGGGCGGAGAAGAGCCGCGGGGGUUCCUCUCGCCAGGCCAUCCAGAAGUACGUGAAGAGCCACUACCGGGUGGGCCAGCAGGCUGACGCCCAGAUCAAGCUCUCCAUCCGCCGUCUGCUCGCCGCCGGCGUCCUCAAGCAGACCAAAGGUGUCGGCGCCUCCGGCUCCUUCCGCCUGGCCAAGGCUGUCCAGGCCAAGAAAUCCCCAGCUAAGAAGAAGAAGAAGAAGGUGACGGCGUCAUCCCGGCGAUCCGCAUCUCCCCGCAAAGCCGCCAGGCCCAGGAAAACCAAGUCGCCGGCCAAGAAGCCCAAAUCUGCCGCCAGGAAAGCCAGGAAGAAGUCGAGGGCCAGCCCGAAGAAAGCCAAGAAGCCAAAGACUCUUAAGGCCAAGUCGUUGAAGGCGGCCAAGCCCAAGAAGGCGAAGCGGUCGAAACCCAGAGCCAGGUCCAGCAUCCGAAAAUCGCCCAAGAAGAAGUGA